CAAUUCAAAUCGAGCUGGCCAGACUCCCAAAGCCCACAUAUUGAAUACAUAUAUCGUUCCCAUCUUUGGUAGGGAGAAAUAAUGACCACCACAUUUACGGCUGAACAGCUAGCCCACUUCGUUGGGCAUGAUGGUUCUCCUAUCUACAUUUCCGUCAAGGGCAAUGUCUACGAUUGCACCACAGGCAGCAACUUCUAUGGUCAAGAUGGCCCCUAUAAAUGUUUUGCUGGAAAGGAAGUCUCUCGGGGCCUUGCUAAGAUGAUCCUCACCGGCGAGGAAGACAACAGUGGGUGGGAUAAUUUGUCCGAACAACACAUGUCAACGCUGAAUGGGUGGGUCGAAAAGUUCAAUUCCAAGUACCCCGUUGUUGGAACUUUUCAACCAGAUCCAGAGUUCAAGAGUCGUGGAGAGAAGUUUGAUCCUUAA